GAUUAAUCAAUUAAACUGUUGGGUAUACAUAAAAAACUUUAAUAUACAUAUUUCUGUAUAUGUUAGUUUUGCUUUUCCUUUUAAAUAAUGCUGGAUUUGUGAGUAACCCGAGAAGGAAGUUGUAUCUGUAAGUCAAAACUAAGGGAACAAAAAGCCACCAAGACUCCCGAAUUACCCACAGCAAACCGCCAAAUUUCUAAAGCUAUAGUUGGGGAGUCAUGUCGGUGUCAGAUCAUUUUAACAAAGCGUCUUAACUCGGGUACACGAAAUGGCGACUUGGAGCGAGGUUGAACUUCUGACCAACGAGGACACAAACACUGUCCGCUUUGACAGUGUGUCCAGGGAGGAGAAUGGGAGCGGCCUGUACCAGGUGGACACUCUGGUCAAAAUCUCUACAGCCAACGAGGUGCAUGCAGAUCCCAGUCUUUCAUCGGCCAGUGGCUCAAACUGGAGCAUUGUUGUUGCUGACAAGACAGUGAUCCUGUUUGAUCAGAGCUACCAGACCAUCCUGCUGCUUCUUGACUUUGAAACUGACGUCGAUGCCAUUGACGUGUGCCUAAAAGGAGAGUUUUUGUUGGUCUGUGAAAGAAAUGGAAACCUUCAUUUGAUCUAUGUGCCACACAAGAGAAUCCUCAUGACCAGGGCUUUGGUUGAGAAACCAUCCAAUGGAGAUAAGAAAACGUAUCGUUAUCUCGUCAUGGACGAGGACAAAGCAUCUCCAGGGGUGUAUCAUGUGUUCCUUCUUGUAAAGGAUGGUUUUUUCCACAUUACAAACCUUGAUUUGGCAAAGAUCGAGACAGCCAUUGAAAAAAUGGAUGUGGGAGCUUUAAAAGAACUCCAGUCUUUCAUCAAGAUAGACUUUUACUCCACCACGGAUUAUCACGAUGAGGGCUGCAGUACAGCUGUGAUGUUCAACCUGGGCCAUGAAAUCCACUUAAUGAUUGGGGGGGAUAAAGAAAAUGUUGUGACUCAUUGGGAGAUGGACCCUCGUCAGGGAAAGAUGUGCCUUGCUCACUCCAUCGACAGCAGCCUAAUUCCAGGUGUGAGGAAGAUGGUGGUGUUGGAAAAUCUCUUGUACAUUCUUGACACUGAGGAUGUUCUGAGUCUCUGGGACCUGCAUUUCCUCGUCAUGAUUCGCUGUUGGCCGGAUCUUGCCAUUAAUGAUUUUGAACUCACCACCGAAUGCGGCUCUGCCUCCAUGGUGGCCCAAGACAAGGACAGCAUGAAGAUGAUAACCGUGACAAAGCAAGACAAGAGUCAGACGAGCUCGCUGCAAAUCCGGUUUCUGCCCUCUAUGACUGUUUGCUACUCUCUCAACAUCUCCUCGGUCUCGUGCCUCGUUCAGACAAAAAUAAACAUGGAUACAAUUUACUUAGUUGAGGGGAUUUGUGAGAACCCAGACAGUCGAGGAGACCCGAUAGCUUCUGUUGUUGUGAGAUGCUUCACUGAGGCUUUACCUGAGAACAGACUUAGCAGACUUCUUCACAAACACAUGUUUGAAGAGGCCGAGAAGUUUGCCAUCACGUUUGAGCUGGAUUUAGAGCUUGUCUACAAGGUGAAGCUCAACUUUGUGCUGGAGCAGCUGGCCUCUGCGUCGGUGGGUGGCUAUGGACAGGAUGUCUGGUCUGAACUUGUGACUGAGGCCAAAACCAACCUGAUGAAGAUCACAGACGAGCAGUAUGUGGUUGAAUACUGCCUCAAGGCCCCGUGGCCGACGUUUGAGACGGCAGAGAAGAUGCUGAACCACGCUGCCACGCGCUACUCCUCCUUACAGAUCCAAGAGGCCUUAGCCAGGCUGGCAACAUUUUGCAACCUGCACGGCUUGGAAAAUUUCAAUGGAAUAGCUUGGACUGAGUUUCUGAACAGCACUGACAAUCUAGGAGACGUCCUGACCCACCUGAGAGAUGGAGACAUGAAGGGUGCACAGCUCCUUUGGCUCAGAUACGAGGGGUGGAUUGCAGCGGAGUUUGAUGAGAGCAGCCUUGAAGCCCUGCUCAGCGCCAUCCCAGACGACCUGCCAUCCCAAGACCUCUGUCCUUGGUUUAGGACGGUCUUUGUUCCUUUCGUGAGGAGAGUUCUCCCAGCAGGACAGAGAAUCUUGGCAAAAUGGCUUGAGCAGAGGGCAAGGAACUUGGAGCUAACAGAAAAGGGAGCUUGGCCCCAGAACGGCCUGGACGUAGCAGUUCUUGGACUUCCGUCUUUAUGGACGUGGAUGAAAUCUGAUGAUAGUAAUGGUGCAGGGGAGGUGGAGAAUCUCAAGUCCCUGGUGUCCAGCCUCCGUCAGCUGCUGGAUCUCCACCAGAAGUACAACUGCAAACUUUCACUUUCAGUCUUUGAAAAGAGGAGCGUAUGGAGCGUAGCUUUCUUCAUGCUGGACAAAGUGCUGGCUCCGGAGCUGAUCGCUGCCACCGUGGAGAACAGCAUCCUGCCAUAUGCUGAACAGCACAAGAUUCCUUUUGAUGAACUUCUCCUGCAGUAUAUAAAGGACCUGCUGGAGCGCUGCAGUUCUCAGACCACAACCCUUUUUACAGAGUGGGAAGCCAAGGCAGUGGCUGUGCUAGACUGCAUGACAGAUACCGAUCUGAUGGUGGACGCCGUGCUGGAGAUCAUGCAGAAAGCAGUGGUGCCCUGGAGCAAUCUGGUGGAAAAACUCGUUCAGCAGUAUCUAGAGAUGGACGGACCAAAACAAGAGCUUCUAAAGGAGAGCUACCGUCUGAUGGAGAUCAGGAAACUUCUCAGAGGCUACGGCAUCCGCAACUUCAACCUCUCAAACAGCACUCAAAUUAUGACGCUGAUCAGAUACAUCCUGAAGCAAGACCUCCCGAUGUCUCUGGAAGACUCCCUCACGUUGGCUGAGGCCUACAAACUGCCGACAUCACAGAUAAAUUACCUGUAUCUCAUCCAGCUGAUAGGCCAAGGCAAGACUGAAGAAAUCUUGACCGUCCUGAAGAAGCUGUCGUCCUCAGAGGCAGAGUGUGUGAUCGAGCGCCUCACGUUGUGGGCUAGGCUGCAGCUGGAGGACAAAGACCACAUAUCUGAUGAGCACAAGAAACACCAAAUGGUCAUAGCUCAGGCGAUGGUGGAGGCUCUGAAAUAUCUGCAUGUCAUUCAAAAACAUGAUUCUCUUAAAAGCAUGGAGUGUGAGAACAACCUCAACAUGUUCAAAGCCAUCGCCCACCUACAGGAGGACUUUGACAUUUUCUUCACCCCCUCCGACUACGAGGAUCCAAACAUCCGAAAACAGAUCCAGGAGGAUCACAUCAGAGCCUACGAAAACACUCGUGGCCGCCAUUCAUCUAAGCGCAAGGCGACGACAACUCCAGUUGUGGCUAAUGAUCCGGACGGGAAGACCAAGACCAUCUCCACAGAGGCUGGCUUGCGUCGUUUAGGGCGACAGCUGCACCGCACCGAGCAGGAGCUCUGGUCCGACUUGGCCCUGCGAGCUCUGAAAGUGGGCAAGGUGGACAAGGCGCUCAAGAUCCUCAGUGAGCUGUAUGAGCACCACUAUAACAGCAGCACAGGGAAGGUUUUGUUCACCGCCGCCAAGAUGUUAUGCCAGAUGCUGGAGGCAGAUGUGCCCAUGGUGCUUCCUGAUGACAUGGACUUGCCAGCAGUCAUUCACAGCCUGGCCUGUCAGGCCAUCACCGUGUGUCACUCAGAUCUCCUUCUGGACUGCCUGGAGCUUUGCAAGUGCACGCGGAUAGCGAUGGACGUCUAUCACCAGUGUCAGUUAUCAGACAACUACGGCUUCAUAGCCAAGGAUUCGACUCCGGAGGCAGAAAAAGAUCCAUGUUCCCAGUGGAGUUUUCAAGAUGUUUUUAAUGAAGACUGCAUUGUUCUGGACCCAGUGUCUGUGCUGCCUGUACAGUAUGAAAUUACCAACUGCCUGCUGCCUAUUUCUCAGGACACCAAACUGCACCCACUGGACUGUUCCUGUCUGUCACACUGCUCAUUUGAAGAUGGUUCAAACUACCUGCAGCCCCUCCUCGAUCCGCUGGCCAAAAUGUUGCAGAUGUUACAGGAAUGCAGUCAGCUGGAGUUGGCCCUCAGAGUGCUGGUCAACUCGUACGGCAGCUGCCUGCAGCACGUCACCUCUAAUGUUAUGGAUAUAAAGCUCAGCGUGCAGCUUUAUGAUGCGCAAGAGCUUAAGAAAUACAAUAUCUGCAUAAACGAUCUCCGUAAGACGACGACGUCCUCGCUGAACGCUGUGGCCGUGGCCCUUUUGAACAAGGUGUUCAACUGGAGGGUGGUCGAUUGCGAUUUGGCCAUAGGACUGUGUACACUCCUCUCCAAGGCAGACGUCUUCAAAAUCCUGUGGAAAGUUAUUGACAACACUUGGCAAAAUUAUGACAAAAUUAUGGCUGUGGCGAGGAUCGGGGCCAGUCUCUGCAGCUUGUACGGUGAGACAGAGGAGCAACAGAAGUUCCUCUCCGUCAUCACUGAUGCUGAGUGGGGCAUCAAGCUUGGAAAGUUGGAGAUAUCGAUCCAGCCUGUGUUCCGUCAGCGACCUGAGAUGAAGAGCAGCCUGAUCCCUGUUUUGGUGAAGAACAGGAAGAUCACUCCAGAGAUUAUCCUUGAGUACUGCAGCACCUUUGGUCUCGACCGCGACCGUGUUAUCAACCAGUACAUUACCACUUCGCUGCUGCUCCAAGAGGACGAGGAAGACGCGAUGGGCCCGGCCUCAGGCCAGGAUCCGGUGCAGCCUCUGUGUCACGCCGACGCGCUGGAACGAGUCCUGCAGAUUAUCCCGAUGUUGCACAGCACCAGCGAUCUCACCGACAGUCUCUGUGCUGCCGUGUUCAAGCUGAGCCCUUACAACUACGAGAGGAUUGAAGUGGUGCUGAAGAUCAUCCAGGCUGCAGACGAGAAUGUCACCAGUUUCUGUGUCAGUCAGGCAACGGGCCUCCUUCAGCUUCUGACGUCUUACAAGCGAGUCUCUCCUCCCUCAGACGUGGAGAACACAUAUCUGCUUGAAAACGGUCUCCUGCCAAAUCCCUUGUCCAACACCAGGCUUCCUUUCCACCUGCUUAUGCAGACCAAAAACUACUGGAAGAUUAUCUCUCCGGAGCUCAGUGAGGAGACCUUCCCCACACUUCUUCUGAUCAGCAAGCUGAUGAAGGUGAGCCUGGACAAGCUGUACAUGUCAGCAGCGAGCCACGUCUUUGAGAAGAAGCUGAAGCCUUUGCUCUUGGAGCAAAGGAAAAAGGGUCAGGGUCACGGCUAUCAGAAGGAGACUUUCAAGGUGGCCAAGACCAUGAUGAAGUACAUCCACUGCAUCCAGAGCCCAGAGUGGGCGGCUGCCACAGCCCACAAGAUAACCCAGGAGCUGCCACCAGGCUAUGAGAAGACUCAGUCUCUUAGGUUUUGUUUGGCUCUGGGAGAAGCGUGGCUAAAGGAUCCAAACCUUGAGGAGGCAGCGCGAGCCAGAGGGGAGACCUUUUUGUCCAAGCUGAAGCUACAGUUUCAGCGCUCCACGACUGAGAACACGCUGAUCGCCAGUCAGCUAAACAGCCCAGAGCACCUGAAGCUGACUGGUCUUCCUGCCAGGCUCAUAGUGGCUCUGUACGAGCACAGCAGUGUGGAACAGCGUUGCAGGGAGUCAGGGGGACAGAAUUAUCCUGACAUACAGGCUGCAGUUAAGGAAAUAGCCACAAUCAACAACGUGGAUCUUCUGAAAAUCCGUAACAUGAUGUUAGAAAAAUGGAUCUGCAAAACAGGCCCAGCUGUGGCAAAGGAUAUCGGUAAUUACAACUGUGUCAGCAACAUUGAGGACGACCCAGACUUAAUGAGGGUGGUGUACAUGCUGCAGUCCUGCCCCAUGGAGGAUGCUUUCCGUCUUCUGAGCCCCAUCUUGUCUGCCGAAACCUGGCCCCUCAGCACAUCUGGGCCUCGCCUGACUUUCUGCCACCGGACUCGAGCGCUGCUCUGCCUUGUCCGCCUCGCCGAUGCAGCCACUCUGGAGACUCAGUUGCAGAUACCCAGAGACAAAAUCCUAUAUUACCUGAAGUGCUACAUCUUUGUGUCUCAACUGGAGGCGUUAAACAUCCCUUACACAGUGCAGUCUUUCCUCAAUAGUCCCAAGGAGGGUUUGGUUAAAGGGCUGUGGAAGAAUCACAGUCACGAGCCUCAGGCUGUGCAGUUGGUGGCAGACUUGUGCUUGGAGUACCAGGUGUACGACCCUCAGCUGUGGAACAGUCUCCUUCAGAAGCUGCUGGGUUUCAACCUGAUCAGCCACCUCCAGAAGGUGUUAGAGGCAUCAAUGGCCGUGCCAGCGUUGUGGGAGAUUUCAAGUUUCUCCAGAACCUGGAGGAGUAUGAUACUCGCACCUUUUGUUUCCGCUUCUGUUCCUCUGAGUCCGGAUCAACAGGCGACGCUCUACAGGACCUUUGUCCUCCUCCUCAAGUGCCCUUUCCUGUUGAAUCUUGACCUGAUAGGCAUCGCCAAUCGUUUCGCACAGUUCAGUCUCCCAGCCUUCGCCCUGGGAACUCUCCUUCUGAUUCCCUGCGCCAGUAAAAAGGCACAGCAGGUCCAGGGCUUUCUGUCCGUCUGUAACCCGGUCACGGUCCUCGAGCAGGUGGAUGAACUUAUGAACACCGGGGAGUUGGCUGGAAUCCCUUCACAGAUCAGAGAGACUGUGUUGACUUUCGUCAACCAGAACGGACAGCACCAGAAGCUGCUGAAGACCAAACACUUCGACCAUCUGAAGCAGCUCAUAGUGCUGCACGGCCAACCCAACCAGGUCAAAGACCUCGUGGACUACCUGAUCAGCCAGAACUGUCAGGAGGACGCUGACUCUCUCGCUCAUGAAUACAUGAAACACAGAGAGCACCAAGGAGGGAAAACGCUGACAAAGGACUCGGCUUCGUCGAGCUGCCUGAAGGAGUUUCUCAACGCGCAAAACGGGGUGUUGGGAUGAAGCACCGCUUUAUCUUCAGUUGUAUUUUUACAGUCUUUCUUUGUCCGUCCUGGACCGAGAUGCAGUUUUUGCACUUAACAUUUAUCUUUCUAUCCCGCAUGUUUGAAUAAUAUUUGAAUAAACUGUUGUCAUUACUGAAAACUGUGCAGAUGAAUUCUUGUUUGAUGCGGCGGCUCCGUCCGUUGAUGUGUUUUAGCGUGCUGUUGAAAGAAGAAGAAUUGUAAAAACAUUUCAGCCGUGAGAUUUUUAAGUUUAUUGUUAGAAGCAGAUGAAUAUAUUUAGCCGUAGGGUUUGAGUUCUUUAGAGCGGACCCGUCCACUCUGGCCACUGAACGUUACAGAUUUGAUCUCUGAGUGACCGGGUUGUUGAACACAGUACAUGGUAUUGGCACAAACCUUUCAAGGAAAUUUAUCUGUUUCGUUUCGUCUUCUCAGGUAAAACUAAAACGUUUUCGCUUAGAAAGACACUAAGGAAGUAGACGAGUCUGUUGAGUAAUUCAGCCAGUUCGAGAAGACUUUCCUUUUAAACCCACGUCUAUUUAACAAAUGACAUUGUCUCUUGUUUCUGUUUUAGUGUUUUGUUCAAAUCUUUUGCAACGUAACUCUGAGUCAGACCCAACUUCCCCUUGUGUUAAGCAUUAACAGAGAACUUGAAUCGAAACAUAAUGCACGCUGUCGUGUGAUAGAUGCGCUGGAUGGGACGUCUGAUAGUAUUUACAUCCUGCACACACAUAUUUUUUUUUUUUUUUUCCUCUUUCUGAGGGGAAGAUCGGUGUGUGAUUGUCCCUGUGUGAAGAUAAAGACUCGCUGUCUGUACUGAUAGGGUUAGGGUCUCUUUGUAGCCUCCUUUCACACUAGUGUUCUAUGAGUGAGUGGACUUUGAUAUUUAAAGCUCUGAGGUUUUAUUUGUGGUUUCGACAAACACUCAUUUCCUGAAUACGCUUUUAUAUGUUAUAUGUCACGACAGGUGCAUAUGGUGAGAAAAUACAUAUGUGUGAUGCUUCCAUUUUAAUUUGACAUUUAUUUAAAUGAAUUGUAGCGCUGCGCAAAAUUAAUUGUGUCGAUUAAAUGGGUCGUGUGACUCAUAUGAAACUGCAUACUUUAAGGGCAGUUGUGUGAACAAGAGGAAAUGUCUGUGGCUUAAAGUGUUAAAUGGUCAUAUCUAAAGGAAACAAAAGUGUUUCUCAGAUACAUUUUUAUAGUUGCUAAAACAGCGACCCAAUUUUGUUUUGUUUCCGAGAGAAUGUCUUUUGUUUUCAUCCUCGAAUUUAAUAAUUUACUUUUUGCCAUGAGGCAAGUUGAUCUGUAACAUAAAUACUCUGUACUCUAUAAAUGUUUCUUUAUCCAGAUUUA